GGAAUUUCCAGCUCUGAUUUAAGAGGAGAUGGUAACAAACAUUGGGUGGAGGCAUAUCCCGUCCCACAAAGCUGGCCAUCUGUUGAUGACCCCAAAUGUGCGAAACUCCUUGAUGGAAUUCAUGGCAUGUUUCAGUUGCUUCUGAAGCAUAAAUGUCUUGCUGAUACUCACCUUAAGAAGGUGAUACACUACACCAUGGAUGAGCUACAUGGCCUUGCGCCAGGUUUGCUAUUGCUAGACCAUGGGCUAGACCAAACACCUGCCUGUAUUCGAUUCUUGGAUGCCACCCAGCUUCAGAAUGUGCUCGACUUAUUGCAGGAGCUCUCUAAUUCGUGUCAGUUAUGCAAAGAAUCUGAUAAGACCACCUCAGCAGAUGAUACCCAGGGCGUCGACACUCGGGUGAUUGAUGUUUUAGAGGGGAUUAAUCUCAGUUGUGAUACCUCUCAUCUCAUUUCAAACAAGUUUUUGUUGACAGGCGAGACUCAUAAAGCUGACAAUGCUAGCAUGGGUGAGAAAGUUUCUGUUCUCAGUGAAGAUGGAGGCCCAGGUGGGGAUGCCUUUGUAUCCUGGUUAUUCGCCUCGUAUUCGGCUGAUGCAGAAGCUGUGUCAUGGACUCAUCUGAGGGAAGACAAAAGUCGUUGCGGAACAGAGAUUCUUCAAGAGCUUGAGAAGGAGUUUGACCACUCACAGAAACUCUGCCGGGUGAAAUGCGAGUAUCUGUGCUAUAUGGAGGCUUUGUGUACUCUUCUAGAUCUCUGUUAUGAAGAAUUUAAGAAAAGGCAUCACUCUGUGGAAUAUGUCGCGCAAAGUUUUGAGGCUCUCUUGCGGAAGCGGCAGGAAGAGCUUGUAGAAAGCAAAGAUAAUCCAGUGCUCAUCAAUAUUAAGUUCGAGGAGAAUGCUAUUUCGCUUGUUCUUAAAGAAGAAGAGGCUUUGAAUGUUACUCAAUGUGGACAACCUGGCCUCACUUCACAUGUAUGUGAUUUGGAGUCCAGCAACAAGGAGGAUUCGAGAAUGCUGGACAACCUGUAUCAAGCUGACAAGAGCAUACUAUUAGGAAUCCGAACACACGGCAGCAAGUUCUCUCUGGAGAUCUGUAGACUUGAUGCAAGGAUCAGGCAGAAACUUACUGCCAUGCAGCAGUUGGAACGUGAGCUUGGGGCCAUGUCUUCCUUUGAUUACAGGGAAAUUCUGUUCUUCCUCAUCAGGCCAUUAUGGAGGGCACAUUUGGAGGAUCUAGCAGACAAAAAUGCCAAAGAGAAAUCUGAUGCUGCUAGAGAAGCCCUUUCACCGGAGCUUACACUUGAGGCCAAAAACAAUAUCAACAAAGGAGGUGAUAAUUCAAAACAUUUCGAACACUUUACCAAAAAACAAAAGAAGAACAAAGCGAAGCCACCUGCCGCACCCCCGAAAAAACCACCACCAGCCCCACCUGGCCUCACCUCUUCCGUCCAAGAUGAGCCUUCCAAUCAAUCCAAACCCACCACCACAACCCCAAUUCCCGAAUCUAUCAAGAACGAGUGUAAGCAGGCCCUCAACGCACAGGAAGAGCGGCGUAAGGAGAUGAGGCUCCUGCGGCAGAAACUGGAUGAACCAAAGCCCCAGCAAGAUGAUGAUCAAAUCUUCUUUGAAUCUUCUUCUGGUCCUCAACAAAGACUGGCCAACAAGCGGAAGAAUGCAGAACUUAAGAAGUGUAUUAACUGGCUCCAAAGGAUUAUUCCAAUUAAAAAUUAUUGGAACACGUUGAGUGUCGAGAAGAGACGGAGUUUUCUUCAAGUGAGUUUUCACGAUCUCAGGGCCCACUACGUCUUAGAAGAUGAUGAGUUAGCAGUGGAUAUGAUUUCGGAAUCUCUCUCGUAUGCCAAGAAUAACAAGACCUUGAAGUUCUGGUUGUGCUGUUAUUGCAGUUCUGGAUUCAACGACUGCGAAUCCCACAAGCAUCAUGUGUGGAUGCAUAUUGGCAACCUGGUAACGAAAUUAUGGAAAGUCAUGCCUGAAGUGCCGGACGGUGGCUCGGUAGAUAUGAUUCUCAAUGGUUGUUGGAAACCAGUCGAUCUCAAUGCAGCUAUGAAAAAUCUCGAAAAUCAGGCGAUACACCAAUCUCUCACAACAGCUGACAACAUCAACCAAAGAUGGCCAUUGAUUAAUGAUCCCAAACGUACCAAACACCUUGAAAGCAUUCAGUUCAUGUUUCAGUUGCUUCUGAAGCAUAAGUGUCUUGCUGAUAGUCAUGUUAAGAGGGUGAUACAAAGAGCUAUGAACGAGCUCCAGAAUCCUGCGCCAGGUUUGGAAUUGCUAGAUCAUGAGGUGGACAAAACACUUGCUUGUGUUUGCUUCUUGGGUGCAGACAAGCUUCCGAAUAUAUUCCUCUACUUGCAGGCUCUCUGCAAAUCGUGUCAGUUAGGCAAAGACUCUGAGAAGACUACCUCAGCAGAGGAUACCCAUGGUGUAGACGCUCUGGUGAGUGAUAUUCUAGAGCGGAUUGCGCUCAGUGACGAUUCAACUCAUCUCAUUUUGAAUGAGUUUUUGUUGGCAGCUGAGACUGAUUCUAAUAAAGCUGGAAAUGCUGCUCUCAGUGAAGAUGGAGAGCCAAACUGGGAUGACAUUUUAUACGGUGUAUUUUGCCCUUCUCCGACUGAUGUAGAACUUUUAUCAUGGACUUAUCUGAGGGAAGACAGACUCCGUCGGGGAAAGGAGAUUCUUCAAAAGCUAAAGGAGGAGUUUGAUCUCUUCCAGAGCUUCUGCGAAGAGAAAUUUAAGCAUCAGUGCUAUAUGGAAGCUUUCAGUGAUCUUGAAGAUCUCUGUCUUGAAGAAAUUAGGAAAAUGGAACAGUACGCUGUGGAAUACGUACCUCAAAGUUGGGAGGCUGUCUUGAGGAAGCGGCAGGAAGAGCUUGCGGAAAGAAAAGAUGAUCCAGUUCUCAUCGAGAUUGGGCGGGAUGCUAUUUCAACUGUUCUUAAAGAAUAUCAGGCUUCGAAUGUUACGUCCAACAACAAGGAGGAUUUGAGAAUUCAGGACAACCUGCAUCAAGUUGACGAUAGACUAGUAAUAGUAAUCGGAAAACAAAAGCAGUCUUCAGAUCUGGAGAUGAGUAGACUUGAUGCAAGGAUAUUGCAGAAGUCUGCUGCCACACAGCAGUUGGAACGUGAGCUUGAGGCCAUCUCUACCUAUGAUUACCGAGAAAUUCUGUUAUUACUCGUGAAGAAGUACUUGCGGGCACAUUUGGAGGAUCUAAUAUUUAAAGAUGCCAAAGAGAAAUCUGAUGCUGUUAGUGAAGCACUUUUUGCCGAAAGCAAUGUCAACAAAGGAGGUGAUGAGUCAAAACAAAUACAGGCAAAGUCAAAGAAAAAGAAGAAGAAGGAUUAUAGGAGAGCUAAGAAUUCAAAGGUUUUCAGCUGUGGCGUUGAUCAUGGCAAAGAGAUUCUCAGCCAUCAGGAAAGUAAAGAGCAAGUACCCAGUCUCUGUUCUGUGCAUUGCUGCAGUGCCUUGGUUGGUGCAAGUGAUCUUUAUCAGAGAGAGUCCGAGUUUGUAGCUACUGAAAGUGUUGAUGACCUGAAACAACUAGAAGAGGAGCUUGAAGUAGCUGAAAGAAAGCUUGCGGAAAAGCUUGAGUAUCAAAGUCGAAUCGAAAAUGAGGGUAAACAGAAACGCCUCGCAGACAAAUCUCUGGGUUCUUCAGUGGGCUUGUAUACAGGAUCUGUUGAGAGGAUUGCAGUCCCUGGCCCAUCGAACGAGGGAGUUUCGGAGGAUGGUCUUUCACCGAGUGGAAGGCAAGCUCAUAGUCAGAGCCCUACCAGUGAUGGACAUUCUCUAACCUUAUCUGAGAAGGAAAACCAUGAAGUCAGCCCUUCUCAAAUUGACGAUGAAAGAUUCCAAGCUGACCUUACGAAAGUUGUACAAGAGAGGCUUGAACCUCAGAAGAUUACGGAUCCAGCCCACAAGAUUAUCGCAGUUCGAAAGUAUUGGAACGUGUUGAGCGUCGAGAAGAAAUUGAGUUUGCUUUUAGUGAGUCAUCACGAUCUUCAGGCCCACUACAUGUCGGAAGAGAAUGGGUUGGCAGCAGAUGUGCUUUCGGAAGCUCUCUCAUUUAUUGAGAGUAACGAGACCUGGAAAUUCUGGGCGUGCUGCUUGUGCAGUGAGCAAUUUGCUGACUGCGAAUCCCAUAAGCAGCAUGUGUGGGUGCACAUUGGAGACCUCCUGAAAUUGCAGCCAGUCUUGCCCAAAGAGGCUGACUGUGGCUGGGCUGAUAUGCUUCUCAAUGGUUGUUGGGAACCAGUUGAUCUCCAUGCUUCAAUAAAAAUUCUUGAAAAUCAGGGGACACAUGAAUCUCUCACAACCGCUGACUCCUCUGAUGUUGGCACUCAUACUAAUGGGAGCAACAGGGAUUGUUUAUGUGAAUUCUUUUCCACCAUUGCACGGCUUCCAAAUAAAAUCUGUUUACUUUCAAAAAAGAAAAGGGAAUUUUCAUCUGAUGAUAGGGGCUCAAAAGAUGUGUCGGAAGUUCGAGUAGUGGAUGGGGAGUCUAAGGCAGAAGUGGUAUGCAGUGGACAUCUUCCAGAUAGUGGAAACUGUAAUGGCAUUUCCAGCUCUGAUUUAAGAGGAGAUGGUAACGAACAUUGGGUGGAGGCAUAUCCCAUCUCACAAAGCUGGCCAUCUGUUGAUGACCCCAAACGUGCCAUACUCCUUGAUGGAAUUCAUGGCAUGUUUCAGUUGCUUCUGAAGCAUAAAUGUCUUGCUGAUACUCACCUUAAGAAGGUGAUACACUACACCAUGGAUGAGCUACAGGGCCUUGUGCCAGGUUUGCUAUUGCUAGAUCAUGGGCUAGACCAAACACCUGCCUGUAUUCGAUUCUUGGAUGCCACCCGGCUUCAGAACGUGCUCGACUUAUUGCAGGAGCUCUCUAAUUCGUGUCAGUUAUGUACAGACUCUGAGAAGACCACCUCAGCAGAUGAUCCCCAGGGUGUUGACACUUGGGUGGUUUUAGAGGGGAUUAAUCUCAGUUGUGAUUCCUCUCAUCUCAUUUCAAACGAGUUUUUGUUGACAGGCGGGACUAAUAAAGCUGAAAAUGCCAGCAUGAGUGAGAAAGUUUCUGUUCUCAGUGAAGAUGGAGGGCCGGGUCGGGAUGCCUUUUUAUCCUGGUUAUUCACCUCAUCUUUGGCUGAUGUAGAAGCUGUGUCAUGGACUCAUCUGAGGGAAGACAAAAGUCGUUGCGGAACAGAGAUUCUUCAAGAGCUUGAGAAGGAGUUUAUCCACUUACAGAAACUCUGCCAGGAGAAAUGUGAGCAUCUGUGCUAUAUGGAGGCUUUGCGUACUCUUCUAGAUCUAUGUUAUGAAGAAUUUAAGAAAAGGCAUCACUCUGUGGAAUAUGUCGCUCAAAGUUUUGAGGCUCUCAUAACGAAGCGCCAGGAAGAGCUAGUAGAAAGCAAAGAUAAUCCAGUGUUCAUCAAUAGUAAGUUUGAGGAGAAUGCUAUUUCGCUUGUUCUUAAAGAAGAAGAGGCUUUGAAUGUUAUUCAAUGUGGACAACCUGGCCUCACUUCACAUGUACGUGAUUUGGAGUCCAGCAACAAGGAGGAUUCAAGAACUCUGGACAACCUGCAUCAAGCUGACAAGAGCAUACUAUUAGGAAUCCGAAUACACGGCAACAAGUUCUCUCUGGAGAUCUGUAGACUUGAUGCAAGGAUCAGGCAGAACCUUGCUGCCAUGCAGCAGUUGGAACGUGAGCUUGGGGCCAUGUCUUCCUUUGAUUACAGGGAAAUUCUGUUCUUCCUCAUCAGGCCAUUUUGGAGGGCACAUUUGGAGGAUCUAGCAGACAAAGAUGCCAAAGAGAAAUCUGAUGCUGCUAGAGAAGCCCUUUUACCGGAGCUUACACUUGAGGCCAAAAACAAUAUCGAUAAAGGAGGUGAUAAUUCAAAACAUUUCGAGCACUUUACCAGGAACGAAAGUGCUUCCUUAGAUAACAGGGGAUUUAUGGAUAAAUAUCAUUUAGUGGCUCUGGUUGAAUUGGAUGUUUUCUAUUAUGAGCAACACUAUUGUUGCUUUGCUUACAGUCGUGAGCAUGAACAGUGGAUCAUGUACAAUGAUACAACUGUGAAGAGCAUGCCGCGUAAGAAGAACAAAAGGAAGCCGGCUGCCGCACGCCCGAAAAAACCACCACCAGACCCACCCGGCUUCACCUCUUCCGUACAAGAUGAGCCUUCCAAACAACCCAAACCCACCACCACAACCCCAAUUCCCGACUCUGUCAAGAACGAGUGUGAGCAGGCCCUCAACCCACUCUGUCAAGAAAAUGAUGAUCGAAUCUUAUUUCAAUCUUCAUCUGGUCCUCAAGAAAGACUGGCCAGCAAGCAGAAGAAUGCAGAAGUUGAGAAGAUCACUACCGAGUGGAUCCAAAUUUUUAAUCGAGUUCAAAAGUAUUGGAAAUCGUUGAGUGUCGACAAGAGAGGGAGUUUUCUUGAAGUGAAUUUUCAGGAUCUGAAGGCCCACUACAUCUCAGAAAAUGAUGCGUUAGCAGUGUCUGUGAUUUCGGAAGCUCUCUCAUAUGCCGAGCAUAACAAUACCUUGAAGUUCUGGUUGUGCUGUUGUUGCGGUUCGGAAUUCAGCGACCGCAAAUCCCACAAGUUUCAUGUGUGGACGCACAUUGGCAACCUGGCAACGAAAUUGCGGGAAUUCCUACCAAAAGAGGCGGACAGUAGCUCGGUCGAUAUGAUUCGCAGUGGUUGUUGGAAACCACUUGAUUUCAAUGCAGCUAUGAAAAUUCUCGAAAAUCCUGUCACAUGCCGGUCUCUCAACAUCAACCAAAGAUGGCCAUUGGUUGAUGAUCCCAAACGUGCCAAACACCUUGAAAGUAUUCAGUCCAUGUUUCAGUUGCUUCUCAAGAAUAAGUGUCUAGCUGAUAAUCAUGUAAAGACGGUGAUACGAAAAGCCAUGAAUGGGCUCCGGAGACUAGAUCCAACUUUGGAAUUGCUAGAUCAUGGGCUGGACAAAUCACUUGAAUGCAUUUGCUUCUUGGAUGUAGAGAACCUUACAAAUAUAUUCCUCUACUUGCACGAUCUCUGGAAAUUGUGUCAGUUAGGCAAAGACUCUGAGAAGACCACCUCAGUAGAUGAUACCCAGGGUGUCGACGCCCUGACGAGUAAUGUUCUAAAGGGGAUUAUUCUCAGUGAUGAUUCAAAACAUCUCAUUUUGAAAGAGUUUUUAUGGACAGCUGGGACUGAUUCUAAUAAAGCUGGAAAUGCUGCUCUCAGUGAAGAUGGAGAGCAAGACUGCGAUGAAUUUUUAUUCUGGAUGUUUAGCGAUUCUUCGACUGAUGAGGAAAUCGUAUCACGGACUUGUCAGAGGGCAGAAGAGAGUGGCCCUCAGGGAAUGGAGAUUCUUCAAAAGUUGACGAAGGAGUUUGAUCUCUUCCAGCGCUUCUGCGAGGAGAAAUUUAAGCAUCAGUGGUCUAUAGAUGCUUUCACUGUUCUUGAAGAUCGCUGUCUUAAUGAAAUUGUGAAUAGGCAACUGUACCCUUUGAAAUACGUCCCUCAAAGUUGGAAGGAUUUCUUGAGGAAGCAGCAGAAAGAGCUAGAUGAAAGCAAAGAUGAUGAUCCAGUUCUCGUCGAGAUUGCACAGAAUGCUAUUUCAACUAUUAUUGAAAUAUAUCAGGCUUCGAAUGUUACGUCCAGCAACGAGGAUUUGAGAAUGCAGGACAACCUGCAUCAAGUUGACGAGAGUCUAGUAGUAGUAAUCGGAAAACAAAAGCAGCUUUCAGAUACGGAGACGAGUAGAUUUGAUGCAAGGAUGAUGCAGAAGCUUGAUGCCAUGCAGCAGUUGGAACGUGAGCUUGAGGUCAUCUGUGGCUUUGAUUAUCGGGAAGUUAUGUUACUCCUCGUGAAGAAGUUCGUGCGGCUACGUUUGGAGGAUCAAGCAGGCAAAGAUGCCAAAGAGAAAUCUGAUGCUGCUACCGAAGCACUUUUUGCGGAGCUUGAGCUUGAAGCCAAAAGCAAUGUCAACAAAGGAGUAGGUGAUGAUUCAAAACAGAUACAGGCAAAGUCAAAGAAAAAAAAGAAGAAGAAGGAUUAUAGAAGAGCUAAGAAUCCAGAGGGCGUUGGUCGUGACAAAGAGACUGUCAUUCAUCAGGAAACUGAAGACAAAGCGCGGGUAACACCUAAUCCGCUGCCCCAAUUCCCUAUAUAUGGAUUUUGGCAUUUGACCCAGUCUCUGUUUGUACCUUGCAGCAGUACCUUGGUUGAUGCAACUGCUGUUCAUCAGAGAGUGUCGGUGUUUGCAGCCGCUGAAAGUGUUGAUGAAGUGAAAGAACUAGAAGAUGAGCUUGAAGAAGCUGAAAGACAGCUUGCGGAAAAGGUUGAGUAUCAAAUUCGAAUAGAAAAUGAGGCUAAACAGGAACGCCUUGCAGAUAAAUCUGUGGGUACUUCAGUGGGCUUGCAAUUGCAUACAGGGUCUGUUGAGAGGACUGCAGUCCCUGGCCCAUCAAAUCAAGGAAUUUCGGAGGAUAGUCUUUCACCGAGUGGAAGGCAAGCUCAUAGUCAGAACCCUACCAGUGAUGAACAUUCUCAAACCUUAUCUGAGAAAGAAAAUGAAGCCAGCCUUUCACAAAUUGAAGGCGCAACAAACCAAGGAAUUUCGGAGGAUGGUCUUUCACCAAGUAGAAGGCAAGCUCAUAGUCAGAACCCUGCCAGUGAUGGACAUUCUCAAACCUUAUCUGAGAAGGAACACCAUGAAGACAACCCUUCUCAAAUUGAUGAGGAAAGAUACCAAGCUGACCUUAUAAAAGCAUUACAAGAGAGCCUUGACACGUUCGGAGCACAAAAAGAUUUUCCAGAAGAGAUUUCUACAAAAAAGAACGAUGAUUGUAGGGAUUCACAUUAUGAAGUUGGAAUCAACAUUGAGAGUGGAAGAGGUGCAUUCGGAACAGGGCUGAAAAAUGAAGCUGGUGACUACAAUUGCUUUUUAAAUGUAAUUAUACAGUCCCUGUGGCAUGUUAGACGGUUUCGAGAGGAGUUCCUGAGGACAUCAAAAUCACUGCACCGGCAUGUCGGAGAUCCUUGUGUUGUCUGUGCAUUACAUGAUAUUUUUACAGACCUGAGCAUAACAUCUGCAAAAACACACACAGAAGCAAUUGCUCCUACUUCUCUGAGAAUUGCUUUAGGCAAAUUGUAUCCUAAUAGCAAUUUCUUUCAGGUGGGACAGAUGAACGAUGCUUCUGAAGUACUAGCUGUAAUCUUUGACUGCCUACAUCGGUCAUUUACUUCUAGUUCUGGUGCUUCUGAUUCUAAAUCAGAAAAAAGUAACAUGGGCUCCUGGGAUUGUGCAAGCGAAGUUUGUCUAGCACAUACUCUUUUUGGGAUGGAUAUCUUAGAACAGAUGAAAUGUGACGGCUGCUGUGUGGAGUCUAGAUGUUUAAAGUACACUUCAUUUUUUCACCAUAUCAAUGCCAAUGCACUUCGAACAAUGAAGUAUACAUCUUCAGAUAGCUCUCUUGAUAAGCUUUUGAAGCUUGUGGAGAUGAAUCAUCAGUUAGCUUGUGAUCCAGAGGCUGGUGGCUGUGGAAAGCAGAACUCUAUCCAUCACAUUCUUUCUACAGUUCCGCAUGUAUUCACAACAGUCGUAGGCUGGACGAGUACACAUGAAAGUGAGAAUGAUGUGUCAGCAACAUUGGCAGCCAUUACCACCGAGUUAGAUAUUGGUGUACUGUAUCAUGGCCUGGGUGAGGGGAACAGACAUUGCCUGAUUUCAGUGGUUUGCUAUUAUGGGCAACACUAUUUCUGCUUCGCUUACAGUCAUGAACAUGAACAGUGGGUUAUGUGCAGUGAUACAAUUGUGAAGGUGAUUGGUGGCUGGGAUGAUGUUCUUACCACGUGUAAAGAAGGGAAUAUGCAACCUCAGGUUCUUUUUUUUGAGGCUAUAAAUUAGCUAUUCGGGACUAUAGCUAUCAAUGUCUAUGAGGCCAACACCGUUUCAGCAAGGAGUGACCAAGUUUUACACGGAAUGGAUGCAUAAAGAGUGCUUAUCGUGACAUGAACUAGGAACGGCAAUGACACUACUAGCCUUGAACAUGUGAGGCAGAUUGUUGGGAGGGAAUGGAAUCCUACAGAAGACAAGAUUUGUUUGUGCCACAGCAGUGAACUUUUUUUCCCCCUUUUUCUUUUUACGGUGAGUAGAGGUCUUUACUGUAGCUAUGAUUGUUAUAUGCAUGAUGAUGAUGAUGAUGAAAAAUGUUUCUUUCAAAUUGCCCUCAUUUCAGUUAAAUUCUUGAAUAAACCACAAUUUGAGCAAUCUUCAUCUGUAGAAGAGCAACUGUACAUAUAGACAUUAAUGGAAAAUAAAGAAAUAAGAGAUUGUACAUGUAA